GGUAUUCUCUGUAUACCCGUCGCAAGACCCACUGGUUGAUGCUUUGGGAUCACUUCCCCCCAUCUGAGAUAUCUACUGCAACCCUCAUCCUCCACAAGUCACAUUCUGUUAAAGGUCCCCAAAGGACACACAUCCCUGGGUCGCUCGUCUUUUCAGUUCGCUGAAGCUAGCGACUGGAACGAGCUGCAACAAACAAACUGGACAGUUUUAUCUACAUUUCUUCAUUCAAAGACUCAUGGACACUCAUACUGACAGUUGUGACUGCUUUGCCUGAUGUUUUGUUGUCGACCUUCUUGCCCUUUGUGCUGUUGUCUGUGCCCAAUAAUGUUUGUACCAUACAGUGAGGACCUAAAGGAGAUGAAGAAGGAGUUAUCUAAGACUGGCCAGGAGAAGGCCGUGCAGGAGAGUAAGGCCUCUCAGCGGCUCUCUAAGAGGGUCAACAGGAUGAUCAGUAGGAUAGGCAAGAUCAUCACAGAGCUGGAGCAGGACAAGGUGGUCCUCGACGGACAGAUGGACAGACCGUCCACUCCUCCUAUUGGACUAUGUUCGGGAUGUGGUAUCCACUUGGCUCUCUGCCUCUCAGAUUAAAGGUGGGUCCAUCUGCUCCAUUCCCGAAGUGUGGUCUCCCUGAGAUCCCAGGUUUGGGGGAUCCCUCGUGCACGAUUUACCCAGGUCGUCAGGAGCGGUCACCAAGUGAAGAUUCACAUCCCAUCCUCAUCGCCAAAUGUGGUGGGUAAUUUCUUUACUAUCAAAUGAGGAGCGACAAACUUAUCACACAAGUCAGAGUUAUUCUUAAACUAAAUCUUUAUUCACAAAUUAAUAAGGGAGCAGAUCAAUACAACACACACAUUUAAAGUGAAUCAAUUGAGUGCUCUACGUUAAUGAUAGCUGGUCGACGAAUCACCCUCAGAUGAUUUGUUGAGAGCCUCGAGACAAAAGUACAAAGGUUUUAUAGCCAAGAUACACCCCCUUCAGGCUACAUGACAAACAACAUACAGUGCCUUGCAAAAGUAUUCGGCCCCCUUGAACUUUGCGACCUUUUGCCACAUUUCAGGCUUCAAACAUAAAGAUAUAAAACUGUAUUUUUUUGUGAAGAAUCAACAACAAGUGGGACACAAUCAUGACGUGGAACGACAUUUAUUGGAUAUUUCAAACUUUUUUAACAAAUCAAAAACUGAAAAGUUGGGCGUGCAAAAUUAUUAUUAGUCUAACCCAGGGGUGUGAAGGUGAACGGAAAGGCUCUGGAGCAACGAACCGCCCUUGCUGUCUCUGCCUGGCUGGUUCCCCUCUCUCCACUGGGAUUCUCUGCCUCUAACCCUAUUACAGGGGCUGAGUCACUGGCUUACUGGUGCUCUUCAUGCCGUCCCUAGGAGGGAUGCGUCACUUGAGUGGAUUGAGUCACUGACGUGAUCUUCCUGUCUGGGUUGGCACCGCCCCCUUGGGUUGUGCCGUGGUGGAGAUCUUUGUGGGCUAUACUUGGCCUUGUCUCAGGAUGGUAAGUUGGUGGUUGAAGUUAUCCCUCUAGUGGUGCGGGGGCUGUGCUUUGGCAAAGUGGGUGGGGUUAUAUCCUGCCUGCUUGGCCCUGUCCGGGGGUAUCAUCGGAUGGGGCCACAGUGUCUCCUGACCCCUCCUGUUCCAGCCUCCAGUAUUUAUGCUGCAGUAGUUUAUGUGUCGGGUGGCUAGGGUCUGUUAUAUCUGGAGUACUUCUCCUGUCUUAUCCGGUGUCCUGUGUGAAUUUAAGUAUGCUCUCUCUAAUUCUCUCUCUUUAUUUCUCUCUCUCGGAGGACCUGAGCCCUAGGACCAUGCCUCAGGACAACCUGGCAUGAUGACUCCUUGCUGUCCCCAGUCCACCUGGCCGUGCUGCUGCUCCAGUUUCAACUAUUCUGCCUGCAGCUAUGGAACUCUGACCUGUUCCCCGGACGUGCUACCUGUCCCAGACCUGCUGUUUUCAACUCUCUAGAGAAAGCAGGAGCGGAGGGAGAAAAUAAUGCUCCUGUUGCUGAUGUCCAUCCAACCUACGAGCUCUCUCUCCACCAUGACACCCAGCAGAGGACUUUGGGAUUGACGCUGGGAUCACUCCCACUGAUGGCCUGGACUGGAUCCACAGACGAUGAAAUCUCUAUUGCACUCCAUACUGCCCUUUCCCACCUGGACAAAAGGAAAACCUAUGUGAGAAUGCUAUUCAUUGACUACAGGUCAACGUUCAACACCAUAGUGCCCUCAAAGUUCAUCACUAAACUAACGAUCCUGGGACUAAACACCUCCCUCUGCAACUGGAUCCUGGACAUCCUGACAGGCCGACCCCAGGUGGUGAGGGUAGGUAGCAACACAUCUGCCACGCUGAUCCUCAACACUGGAGCCCCCCAGGGGUGCGUGCUCAGACUCCUCCUGUACUCCCUGUUCACCCACGACUGCAUGGCCAGGCACGACUCCAAAACCAUCAUUAAGUUUGCAGACGACACAACAGUGGGAGGCCUGAUCGCCGACAAUGACGAGACAGCCUAUAGGGAGGAAGUCAGAGACCUGGCCGGGUGGUGCCAGAAUAACAACCUAUCCCUCAACGUAACCAAGACUAAGGAGAUUAUUGUGGACGGGGCUGUAGUCGAGCAGGUUGAGAGCUUCAAGUUCCUUGGUGUCCACAUCACCAACAAACUAGAAUGGUCCAAACAUACCAAGACAGUCAUAAAGAGGGCACGACAAAGCCUGAACAGGUUUCAGCUGUCCUGCUGAGCAAUGGGGAGCUGCUGGAGCUGUCUAUACAGAGACCCCAUACAAGACAACCAUCUCACUAAAUUCAAGGUGACCAAUGUGGAUGAUGAGGGGAAUGAGUUGGGUUCUGGGACCAUGGAGCUCACCCAGACCGAGCUCAUCCUACACACACGCAAGAGGGACGCCAUCCGGUGGCCCUACCUAUGUCUGCGGCGCUAUGGCUACGACUCCAACCUCUUCUCAUUCGAGAGUGGCCGGCGCUGUCAGACUGGACAGGGGAUCUUUGCGUUUAAAUGUUCUCGUGCGGAGGAGAUUUUCAACCUCCUCCAGGAGCUGAUGCAGUGCAACAGUAUCAAUGUGGUGGAGGAGCCUAUGAUCAUGACUGGCAGUGGACACGCACGAGAGAUAGACAUGCCUCGAACACCACAGACACCCAACACUCCAUCAUUCCCCGUCCAGGGUUUUCCCAAUGGGUAUCCGGGGUAUCCCAUGAGAGCUGAAUCCUCCCAGCCCUCUCUAACUGACGAUCCCCAUGGCCACAGCCUCAUGGGCCUGGAUGACCAGGUUCACACCUAUAUGAAUACUGUUACUGUGGAUGGGGAACUCUCCAGUCGACACUGUGUACACUCUCUACCUGAGGUGCGGCCCACCUCCUUCAAUGAGUCAACCCGAGGAGCCAUCCCUGUCGGGGGCCAAGGAGGUGGGAAGGCCAGCAUGCACUGCUGCCCACUGGAGGAACAACGCAAGGAAUCCCAGGUAUUUCUCCAGCCCUCCUCUCAGGAGGUCAAAUUCAUGCUGGGACCCACCCCUGCACAGCGCCACCUGCUAGAGAGGGAGAGGCACGGGGGCCACAAUCCCCAUCUCAUGCUGCCUGUAGAGGGCACCACAGGCUCAGAGGCAGAGGGGGACGAGCCUCCUCUGCACUUGUGCAACUCCCACUCCUACCACCACCCUCACUAUCAUCAUGUGAUGCACCGGCACCCUGGCCAUGAGCACCAGGAGGGCUGCCAGGGCAGCCAGCUCACCUAUGAGAACAUCAACGGCCUGAGAGGGGGGCGCCGGAUGAGACUCAGCCCCAGCAGCGUGUCCCAGUCUGUGGGCUCCAGCAGCAGCAGUAGCACCACCGGAGACAGUCACGCACAAUCACACCCACACCCCCUCCGACCGCACCCCCACGGCCCAUCCUCUCUGCCACCUCAGGGGUAUCCCUGUGAGCGGGGCGUAGGGAUGGGCGGAGGUCACCGGCGGACAGCUCUGCUCAACUACGAGAACCUGCCGUCGCUGCCACCGGUGUGGGAGUACCGCGCCCUGCAUAGAGACGAGGAGCAGGAUGAGGAUGACGAGGAACAGGAUGAGGAGGAGUACGACGAAGAGGAAGAGGAUUUUGACGAGUACGACUUUUCAGAGGGUCCUGGGACACCCAACGGGUACCACCAGGACGGGCUGGGGAGGGGGGGGAUCCACCGUGACGCCCUGCAGAACUAUGUCAACACAGAGCAGGUCCAGCCCAGCCGGCUGCGACAUGCCUGCCCCCCUCACCUCCAGACCUGCCACCCCCAGUCGGACCGUGGCGGACGAAUAUUCAGCUUUGAUUUCCGUAGGCGGCCGGGAGGAGGGUUUGGUCGGGGAGAGGGCUGUGAACACGGUCAUAUGACCCCAUCGAGGCAGCUCAACUAUAUCCAGGUGGACCUCAAUGCAGAACUGCCAUGCCAGGCCCUCGGUGGGGGGGAAGCCCAAUCUCAGCACCAGCCACUACAGCCACAGCACCAGCGCCUGCCACCCCUCAAAUGUGGCCCCCAGCAGGCCCCACGGCGCAGUGAGUUCUACGCUGUGAUCGACCUGAAGAAGACAGCAGCCAUGUCCAACUUGCAGAAAGCCCUCCCCCGGGACGAUGGGACGUCGAGAAAGACUCGCCACAACAGCACAGACCUGCCUCUGUAGACGCAGUGAGGAGGAGGAGACAGAAAAAUGAAGGGAGGGAGAAGAGAGAGAAACAGGCUUGGUUGGACAGACUGGUAUAAGUAACUGAGCAGCACACUGAACCCCUCACUCUCAUCCAGCCAUCCGUCUGUCCUUUUCUGUCCUUUUCUGUCCUGUUCUGUCCUGACCUGACCAGUUGGAUCAUAUACAGGUACCUAAUUAGAAAACUAAUUGAAACCUAUCCGUACAUAUUCCACUUGAUGGAGCGAGAUUGGUUUGAAGUUGCAAUAUUAUUAUGGGUCACUUUCUGACUGUGAUGAGAUGCUGUCUGAGUUAGCAGCAGAAACCUUGGUCGUGAUCUGCUGGGUUUAUAGUUAAAGCCUUUAGCUGCCAUUGUUUUUUGGUCCUCAUUCCAUUAUCAUUCAGUGUUGUUGUUUUAUUUAUUUUACGUCCCUGUUUACGAACAUGGACUACUAUCGAGUACAGGUUUACUAGUCCACAUUGUUAAAUUGACAGAACAUUUUCUGAUAUGAAAAAUAGUUUAUUAUUCCCUCAAUUGUAUUCUAAUAAUGUGCGUUCUUCACCUCACAAGCACUUCUUUUGGCCCAGUGACUGAUAGAAAGGACAGAUGAUGAUAUAUAUUUAUAGCUAUCUGCCUUCAGGAAUUAGUACAGAUCAGUACAGUUUGCACAUAAUCCUUUGGAAUUGUAAAAUCGUACAUCCUAUCGAGUAUUAUAUUUUGAGUCUACAAAAGACCUCACAGCAGAUUUCUUUUUUUUUAUGUAUAAAUUUUCUCUCUCCUCAAGAUUAAAUAUACAUUUUUCACGUUGAAAUUGUAUUUAAAAUGGAAAUAAUAGUUGUCCUUCAUAUAAUGAUAGUGUGUUGAUAGACGUUCAGCAUCCUCUACUGUCCCCCUACACACAGAUUAUUGAAUUGACCUCUGACCACAUAUCAUUCCCACUUGAAUAAGGAAUCCAUAUCUAAUUUCUAAACUAUGCUUACCUUUGCACUUUUUACCUUCGGGGUCAGACACUGGCCACUGAUGUCCCCGCAGUUCAGAAUCCCUCUGCCCUGGAGUAACAGUAAGGUUGUGCUUUGACAAACUCCUUAGAGAUGGUGAUGUCAUCACACAUGCCCAAACUAUGUAUGAAUGUUGUUGUUUUUGCAACAUUAUAGAGACCAAUAGCAACUGGAAUUUUUCAGAGCAGAAUUUGAUAAUGGCUUGACAACCUCACAUAAAAAAAAUAGGUCUUCUUGUUUACUAUUUUAUUAAGUAUCAGAUUGGUAACUGAGGGUCUGAGGGGAAUAUAUCACUAUGUGUAAUGUUAGCUAUUUAUGGAAAGUCUAUCAGUGAACAUUUGACUGAGGAUAUUAUUUUAUUUAUUCAUUCAUCGAGAUGUCUAUAUUGUGAUUGUUUUGCAAAAAAAUGUGACGACCAGUUUUUCAUAAUCCAGUCAGUUGGUGAUUUGGAGACCAAAGUAUCACCAGUCAUCAGCAGACUGUCUGUGACACCAUUGUAAUACCAUUGUUAUGCCUGUAAUUAAUAACAAUACAUUCUGAAGAAGACUGUAUUAACAUAUUAAAGUGCCAAAUCUUUACUGUUACCUGUAUGAACAUUAUGAAUCAAAUCAAUGUUCCAUUAGGAUUUGUAGAAGAAAACUUGAGGGCUAAGAGGCAAGAAGGAGUUAGCCUACAUGUCAAAAACAAAACAAAAGUUGGGCCAGUUUAUUAGGUACAUCUAUCUAGUACCGGGCUUGACCCCCCUUUGCCUCCAGAACAGCCUGAAUUCUUCUGGGAAUGGAAACGUUGCUCAAUUGGUAUCAAGGGAUUUUGCAUGACGCAAAAGGAACCGGGAUUUGUGGGAUCAGGCGUAAAAAAAUUAAAUAAAUAAUAACUCCUCAAUUUUCCAGUGUGCCCACCGGGGACACUUCUUCUUGUUUUUUCUUCUUGUUUUUAGCUGAUAGGGAUGGAACCCGGUUUGGUCGUCUGCUGCAAUGGCUCAUCCGUGACAAGGGCCGAUGAGUUGUGCGUUCCGAGAUGCCGUUCUGAACACCACUGUUGUACUGCCCUGUUAUUUGCCUAUUUGUGGCCCCGCCUGUUUGCUUGCACGACUCUUGCCAUUCUCCUUUAACCUCUCAUCAACGAGCUGUUUUCACCCACAGGACUGCCACUGACUAUAGAUGUUUUUAGUUUUUCGCACCAUUCUCAAUAAACCUUAGACACUGUCGUGCAUGAAAAGCCUAGGAGGCCGGCCGUUUCGAUCAUAUCACGCUGAAAGUUGCUUAGGUCACUCGUUUUGCCCAAUUCUAACAUUCAAUUGAACAGUAACUAGAUGCCUGUCUGCCUGCCUUAUAUAGCAAGCCACGGCCACGGUACUCACUGUCUGUAGGAGCGAACCAUUUUCGUGAACGGUGUGGUGUACCUAAUAAACUGGCUCUGGGUGUAUGUAUCAAGAGUAGGAGUGCUGUUCUAGGAUCAGGUCUCCCCUGUCAAUGUAACCGUAUUCAUUGUGAUCUAAAACGCAGCAUUCCUACUCUGUGAUUCUUGAUACAUAUGGCCACAGGGUUUAAAUUGUUAACCCUGUGUACUCCUCCUCAUGAAUCUCUCUAGCUGAUUCUUAACUGGGCAAGAAAGACACAUUUCACCUCAUAGGCUAGGUUAUACAUCGACAGCCAUAUUAGAGUGAGACAAAGGAUUGGUUGGAUCUAUCCAGUCAUCACAACUCUGCUGGUUUUAUGCUGCUAUAAACAUAUUGAGACAGUAUGUAAGCUAUUUGUCACAGAAGUUCAGACCGUAAGAAGAGGUCGGGGCGGUAGUGGCUGUGCAGGAUUGUACACCAUAUUGUUUAGUAUGUGGAACUACCAUUAUUUUAUUCUUCACUCAAGAUCACUGCAUAUGGGCUACCGGUAUGGAAAGAAAUUUGUUUUUAAUUCAAGGAAGUUGUAAUUUCUCAUUUCCAUUUCUUAUUUCUCCUCAUUGGUGUGAUAAUCAUCCUACCAAACCUUGUUUUCAUUACGAUCUGGCUGUCUAAUCUGAAGUAAAGUGGCUGAAGGUGCAGCACAGGCCUAGCAACUAUAAUCCACAUAACUGUAUUUCAUCUGAUGGAAAAAGAUAUGUAGGUCGACUCACUGUGGGCAUUUUUCAGACAGGGAUAUAUCCAUUUGUACACAUCUUUUCAUGGUACAUUUUAAAGGGUGUUUACAUUUCGCAAUAAUGGUUUAAUAGAGUUGUAUUGAUUGAGAUGAGGUUUAUUCAGUCCAAUGUGUGUGAGGUUUGAGGUGUGUUGUUGAUGGAUCUGCAGGUCUGUUGUACUUGAUCCCUAUUUUUAUGUGAAUUGUAACUAAGACCUUCCUCUGUCAGGCCCCCUGUUGAUAAUAAUGCAGCUUUAUUGUAUACAUGCUUAAAUUAGAAUGUGGAGAAAUGCAUGUUUCUGUUUUCUUGAUUGUCUUAUAUACAGCAGAUUUGCGCUUAUUUUACAUCUGACUUAACUGUGCCAUAAAGGACUGUUGCCAAGCUUUCUGCUAGAUGUGUGUGGUGGCUCUUGAAUGUUGAAGCCUUUUAAAGGGCCAGGUUAGGUAUCAGGAGUCGUAUGGCCAAGAUAUCUGUGUACUGUAUUUGACUGUUGAUCUAGGCCCAUUCAUUAGUCAGUCAUUGUUAUCAAUUUGGUACACAGGAAUAGUACCUUAAGAUGUGGAAGUGUACCCUACACUAAAGUCAUACUGUAUCUUGUUAUAUCAAUGUUGUCACAUUGAUGUACCUUCAAAAUGAGAGAAAAGAUUAAGGAUUGGCCAGUAGUGCUAAGCGAUUAGUCGACAUUUCGGGUUUAUGUUAAGUUUUUAAUUAACAACAUAGGCUCAAUUAUUUUAAUUCCAUUUCGUAAAUAUUUUUUCUUGCUCUUACCAGAGAAAGAUGCCAAAGCGAGAGGUUUCACUGUCGCCAAAAUAUGUCCAACAUAAGCCCAAUUCCUUUCUAUGGCCUUAUUUAGGACUUAAGCUUGUCGCCUGCCUUACGGGUUUUGGGACAACGACACCCAUUGUUAGUGCGGAGACUUCAUUACGUAUUGAUCUCUGGCUCAACUUGGGGUUUGUCUUCAGAGAUCAAGUAUGAACUGUGGGACGUUGCAGGGAGGGGGUAAAUAACUACAAUGACCAGAAUCCUUUGCGCCUUCAACGGCCUGUUCACAUUGGUUCAAGCCUGUGGGACCGGCAGAAUUAGAAGGAAGGGAAAGACAGAAGUUCAUAGAACGCUUCACGAAUGAGGGAACAGUUGUUUAGGUAUCUACCCGACCGACAAUUAAUCGAAUCAAUUGAUAGUUGUUAUUCAUCAGUCUUAAAAAUGUGCCUUAUCUACUUUGAAGAACUACUAGGCUGCUAGCCUAAAUAGGAUGACUCUUUGGGGAGCACAGAGAUAGAUGGAUAGAUGGCUGGCUGCUAAUGUGUUGAUGAUUUGGGAUUAAAUAAUAAAUCAUAAAAAAUGAUAAACUGGGUGGUUUGAGCCCUGAAUGCUGAUUGGCUGACAGCCAUGGUAUACCACGGGUAUGACAAAACACUUAUUUUUACUGCUCUAAUUCCGUUGGUAACAGUUUAUAAUAGCAAUAAGGCACCUUGGGGGUUUGUGAUAUAUGGCCAAUAUACCACGGCUAAUGGCUGUGUCCAGGCACUCCACGUUGCGACGCACUUAAGAACAGCCCUUAGCCAUGGUAUAUUGGCCAUAUACCACACCCACUAUAUUUAUUGCUUAAAUAUACACUACUGAAAUAUUUGAUUAAGGAUGGUGCAUUGAAAAGUGGUAAAUAGUCAUGGGCAGUCACUACCAUCAUUUGGGUUUUAAUAAUAAAUAAUAAAGUCAUCGUACUAAAAACAAAUAUGGAAUAUACUCUACCAAAAUAUGUUAUUUAAAGAUGCACUAUGCAGAAAUUGCACUGGCAUUUCCUGGUUGCUAAUAUUCUAAUAGUUUUCCUAAUUUCAGUUUAUGUAUAAAUCGCUGUGAAAUAUAUUUUCCAAAAACAAAAAUAUUGUAUUUUCAGCUGUUUGAAGCUGGUGUACAAAACCGAAAGUAAAAGACGCAUAACUAAAUUUAAGAAUGAUUUGAAUAAAAAUAGUUAACAUAAAACCGAUUUACUGCUUCUUAGACUUGCUUUCAAUGACAAUGACAGACCACAGCUUAAUAAGUGAUAGUAAUAGGCAGUCACUACCAUCAAUUGUUGUUUUCUGUGUUUUUACAGCAUUCAACCCACAUUAAUGUUUUUUUUAAAUCGAAAACCGUGAUUCUUUUCUCAAACCGAAACCAAACCGACCUCAAAAAGAACUAAUCGCUCAGCACUACUGGCCAGUAACACAUAAAGACCUUUAUGAGCUAUGUACGGAGCUAUAGAAGGAUGGGCUCAUUGCAAUGGCUGAAAUGGAAUCAAUGGAAUGGAGUCCGUCAUGUGGUUUCCAUGUUUGAUACGUUCCAUUAAUUCCAUUCCAGUCAUUACAAUGAGCCCGUCCUCCUCCCACCAAGCUCCUCUGGUGUAUAUGUAUAUAUAUUCCACCAGCCUCCUCUUAUAUACACACGUAUAAACUACAACUUAGUGGCUUAAAUGUGUAUCUUAAAAUAAAGUUUUACCAUAUUUAAUUCAAACAACAAGUUUUUGCCCUCUUUUCUGUAAAUUCAUUACAACUGCCUGACGGGCAGAUCGCCAUCAAGUGGUGUUUCUUGCCACAAUGAUGGGAUUAUGGAAAAAUAAGUCAUUUUCCUUCCACAGCCCCUCGAAAUGCCACUCUAGGUCCAUACUGCACUUAGUGCCAUAAUGUUACCAAGGUACUAACAAAGUAGCCCCAAAUCCAAGAAAUGUUACAGUGACUUGGUACUGUAUUUUCUAAAUGUUUUUGUUUUGUUUAUUUAUUUAUUUACUAUUGAAUGCAUGUGUGAUAUCCACUGGUGGGUGACGAUGAUAUUGACAGGAGUCCGUUAUUUUCAUCCAGUCACAUGCUAAGCUAACACUCUUCUAUUCCAAUAAGACCAGAUCAAUGGAACCUGUUGAACCUGUAUGUUCAUGGUGAUAAUAAUAUGUAUGAAAUGGAAUUUGUGCUGAUUGGUUGAUAGACAUUUUGGGUGGGCCAAACUAAUUGACUGUGAUGUACACUAAUAUUGACUGAGUGCCAAAUGUCCUUGAGUACUAUGACUUUGACCAAAGGUCAGGGACACACCUUGCAGAGACUCACCAGGAACUCUAUAGGACUCUCCUUGAGAGACACCCUCUGGUCUUGGUUUUACCUGCGGUAUGAAUGUAAUAAGCAAAGAGAGACUCUGUAUAGAUGAAGGGAAACUAUGCUUAAUGUUUCUAUCCUUGCUGAAAACAGAAAAGUGAGUGUUCAAAAGUUUUCUCAACUUAAAAAUUUGCUAUGCGAGUUUCUUCUUCGUAUAUAUUUGCAUUUCUUGUAAGUAUGUGUCUCUCGGUAUGUACAUAAUAUAUAUGGGUAUGAUGCAGUGAAGGUCUUCUCUUGUCUUCAUUGGAGCUACUGUAACUAAGCUAUUUUUGCUACAUCUGUUGAAAUGUGGAAAGAUGAAACUCAUAGCAUCUCAUUAUAUUUGGGGAAUAAAAAAUGGCAUAUACCAUCACUCUGAGAGAAGAUGACCUGUAUAAUAUAGGAUGUUAUCUGUACCCGUCCUGUCCCUGUCCCAAUACAAAACUAAACAGGCAUGCCAUUUGGUCAAUUCAACUAUUUUCAUGAAUGCCAUAAUGGUGAAUACAUGCCAUUUGGUGAGAAUUAUGGUAUAUAAACCAUUGAAGAGUGUGACUUGUACGAAAAAUAUGUAUGUGACUAAAUGUAAUGUCAACAUUAAAAUUAAACUGUAAAGAACAUAGUCAUCAAAAUAACAUAACAUAUUUUUUUACACUGAAUCAUUCCAUUGGAAGAAAUGAUCAAUAGCUGCCUGUACCUGUUAAAAUUGCCCUCAGUAAGAUUGUAGUAUUUACAUUUCAAUGGAAUAUUACUUCAUAAUAAUCUUGUUUUACAAAGAACCUGAAAUUCAACAUUACAUACAUUUUUAGACUGCUUUUGGCAGGUGAAAUAUUGUUUACUACCUUACUUUGAGCAUGCACUUGGUGUCUGCCUGUGUAACACAUUUGAUCAUUUUUUUGUACAGAGAGCAUGGUCUUGUAAGUACUAGAGAUUUUGAUCCAGCUGUAAAUAUGCUUUAUAUAGUUGUCUUGCUGUGUUGAUAUGUCUGUCUUGUUUCAUGGCUAAUGAUCCAUUGUAUCAAAAAGAGGAAUCUCACAAAUAAAGAAGAGCUUUUAUUGUU